AUGCGAAAGCGGACCGAGCCUAUCACCUUGGAGCAUGAACGUCGCGCCUCCUCGGACGUGCCCUCCUCUGGCUCGGGCUCUGGGGCGCUGGACACCGCCUGCCGUCUGAAGCACAACUUGCGUCUGGCGGGCACAGGGCCGGCGGAGCCGCGCUGCGCGGCAGACGCUGGCAUGAAGCGGGCACUAGGCAGGCGAAAGGGGCUUUGGUUCCAACUAAGGAGGAUACUUUUCUAUGUGUUGGGGUUAUAUAUUGCCAUUCCAUUUCUCAUCAAACUAUGUCCUGGGAUUCAAGCCAAAUUAAUUUUCUUAAAUUUUGGCGCCAGCAACUUUAUUGGUUCGGGUCUGGCCCUCCUCAGCCAUGGAGGUCAGCGCCCAUUGCGGGUGCUGCGCAGCUCUCCCAUCAUGUUGGCCGGCAUGCGGUUGCAGAGUGUGGCGCACACUGUCCCAGCUGUCUGGUGGAAGAAUGCACAAGGAAAGGACCAGAUGUGGUAUGAGGAUGCCUUGGCUUCUAACCACCCUGUCAUACUAUAUCUGCAUGGAAACGCAGGUACCAGGGGAGGGGACCACCGUGUGGAGCUUUACAAGGUGCUGAGUUCCCUUGGUUAUCAUGUCGUCACCUUUGAUUACAGAGGUUGGGGUGACUCAGCAGGAACGCCAUCUGAGCGAGGCAUGACAUAUGAUGCACUCCAUGUUUUUGACUGGAUCAAAGCAAGAAGUGGUGACAACGCAGUGUACAUUUGGGGUCACUCUCUGGGCACUGGGGUUGCAACAAAUUUGGUGCGGCGCCUUUGUGAGCGAGAGACACCUCCAGAUGCUCUUAUAUUGGAAUCUCCAUUCACCAAUAUCCGUGAAGAAGCAAAAAGCCAUCCAUUUUCAGUGAUAUAUCGAUACUUCCCUGGAUUUGACUGGUUUUUCCUUGAUCCCAUUACAAGCAGUGGAAUUAGAUUUGCAAAUGAUGAGAACGUGAAGCACAUCUCCUGCGCUUUGCUCAUUCUGCACGCGGAGGAUGACCCAGUUGUGCCCUUCCAGCUCGGAAGAAAGCUUUAUAACAUUGCUGCACCAUCUAGGAGCUUCCGGGACUUCAAAGUUCAGUUUAUACCCUUUCACUCAGACCUUGGCUAUAGACACAAGUACAUCUAUAAGAGCCCUGAGCUUCCACGGAUACUGAGGUGA